UGACGUGAUUUGAUUCACAUUAACAAUUUUGAAUUGAUUCGCAUUCACAUUUCACCGAUUGUUACUGCCGCACGCGCAACUGGCUGAACGCAUCAGCAUCAUGCAGCCUUGACAAACUGGAAUGUCUCCUUUGUGAGCGCGCUCUCGCUCUCGCUCUCGCUCUCACCCUCACCCUCACUCCCACUCUCACCAUCACUUUCCACCACCUCUCACCCCUCGCACCCCUCGCCCUUCACGGGCAUCUCGGUCAGCAUGUCCUCGCCCUCGGACUUGACGGUGCCCUCCCCUGCCGACUUUCACGUGCACCUUCGUCAAGCGCCCUUGACGUCUCUACUAGUGCCCCAUGUCCGGGAAGGAGGUUUUGAUUUGGCCUACGUCAUGCCCAAUCUGACUCCACCCUUGACCCUACCUUCGCACACCGUAGCUUAUCUACAACAUCUACGCUCCCUGGAUCCACGCACACAUUUUCUCGGCACGCUUUACCUUUCGCCUGCACUCACACCUCGGCUCAUCGAGGAGGCGGCACAGGCUGGUAUAGUGGGCGUGAAGAGCUAUCCUAGAGGCGUCACCACCAAUUCGGAUGGGGGCAUUGAGAAUUAUGAAGUGUACUACGAGGUGUUUGAGGAGAUGGAGAAGCAGAACAUGAUCCUCAACCUGCACGGAGAGGUGCCCAGCGAUCAUGCAAACAACAUCUCUGUCCUCACAGCCGAAGCAGCCUUUCUCUCCCAUCUUCGCAAGCUUCACGCCCGUUUUCCCAAGCUCCGCAUGGUGCUGGAACACGCCACGACUCGAGCAGCAGUAGAGUGCGUCAAGUCGUUGGGCGAGACUGUAGGAUGCACCAUCACGCCUCAUCAUUUGGACCUGGUGGUGGACGAUUGGGCUGGCAAGCCCGUAAAUUUCUGCAAGCCGGUAGCCAAGCAUCCAGACGACAGGCAAGCGUUGCGAGACAUCAUCAAGGCAGGUCACCCUCGCUUCUUUCUGGGCUCCGACUCUGCUCCUCAUCCUAUGCACUCCAAGCUACCCUCUGCCUCGACGCACGGUGCAAGCGCACUUCAACAUUCCUGCGCCGCAGGCAUCUACACCUCUCCCAUCCUCCUACCUCUAUGCGCGACGCUCUUGGAAUCCUUUGGAGCUCUGCACAGGCUCAACGGCUACGUCUCGGAGUUUGGUCGAGCUUUCUACGGCUUCGCGGCCGAGCCACAAAGCGGAAGCGUAAAGCUCAGAAGGACGAGGUGCAAGAUCAGGGAUAGUUUUGCGCCAAAGGCGCAAGAGGGACUCGAUAGCGCGCACAAAGAUAAAGUGGAAAUCGUACCCUUUUGGGCUGGCAGACAUCUCGAAUGGGAAAUUGUCAGGUAGUGGGAAUAGCAGCGCGACGAAGCGAAUACAUGCUCGGGUCUGGAUGCGCAAGCAAGCAAGCAAGCAAGCGAUCACGUUCCAGUCCGAUGUUUUGACGACCUUUCCACCUAGAUGCCUGCGCGUCUCCUACAUGUUGCAUCUGCUCGUGACCGCUGCCUGCGCUCGCGCUCUCGCU